CUUCCUCUCUCCAAGACCUCAGUUUUUGCACAACCCCGUCCUUGAAAUAAGAGCCCUUCAAGCAACCUGGAAAACGUUUGGUCAGCAAAAAACUCCUGUUUUUUUCCAAAGGAUCUGUCUCAGGAAUUUAAAACACAUUUAAGACACACUCACACCACAUCAGGAGGGGGGAAAAGUCUCUUCCCCUCCCCUUCUUGCAGAAAGAAUGGAAGAAAGUUCCAGUUCUCCUGUUUCCCCUGUGGAUAGCUUGGGGACCAGUGAAGAGGAGCUGGAAAGGCAGCCAAAGAGAUUUGGCAGGAAGAGGAGAUACAGUAAGAAAUCCAGUGAAGAUGGCAGCCCCAACCCAGUCAAGAGGGGGAAAAAGUCCAGUCCCAGCUCCCAAUCUUAUGAAGAACUCCAAAGCCAAAGGAUCUUGGCCAAUGUCAGAGAGAGGCAGAGGACUCAGUCCCUCAAUGAAGCCUUCGCAGCCCUGAGGAAAAUCAUCCCUACGUUGCCCUCUGACAAACUCAGUAAAAUCCAGACUCUCAAACUCGCAGCCAGGUACAUAGACUUCCUCUACCAGGUCCUACAGAGUGACGAGAUGGACAAUAAGAUGACAAGCUGCAGCUAUGUGGCCCAUGAGCGGCUUAGUUAUGCCUUUUCAGUGUGGAGGAUGGAAGGAGCUUGGUCCAUGUCUGCCUCCCACUAGCCAGUACCUGGGCAAAAGCAAAUACAACUGCCAAAGGGACUGUCCUGUAUCUGAGACUGAAGAGGAAUUGGGAUGUAUCCAAGUUUGUAGCUUCUGAAACCUUAACAACCUCAAGUAAACUGGUCCAAAAGACCCCUCUAGACCUCCCUAGCUCUGAACUCUUGCAGAGCACUUAGACUGAGUGGAAAAACAGCACCGAAGGGAAUGGGCUGAAAUUUUGCAACAUUUCUCCCCAAGAGACUGACCCAAAAAGAAAAGAAAACCAUGUUGAUUGUGUAGUGUCAUUGGGAUUUUGUUUGUGGGUGUGGGUUUUUUUUUUUUUUUUUUUUCUGAACAUCUUAAUUCAGGAGUACAUUUAUGAGAAAUCUUUCGGGUUGGAUUUUAUCUUCCCUUUGCUGUAUUCUUUUUUUUUUAAUAUAUAUUUUAACUCAAAAUGAUUUCUUGUACAGUAACAUCAAAACUGGACCAAGGCGCUCAGAAAAAAAACAUCAUGGCCUCCCCAAAUCCUGCAUGAUUUGUUUCAAGUAAAGUCUGGAUUACAGAUUCUGCUCUCCACACACUCAUCACCUCUUCCAAUUGCUCCAUGAUUUGCUACAGCUAAACCCUUUGUUAAUGUUUCAUUUUCUGUUCCAGUGUAUAUGUUGCUUAUUUGUUUUAUUUAUUGAGAUAUUUUUAACAAGCUACGAGACUGCAAUGUGGCUGUGUAUACUGCUUCUCUUGCCACUAAAAAUAAAGUUGUCCUGCAGCUACUGGAGGUAUUUGAUUUACUUUGUGAUUUCACCAUCCAACACUUAAGCAAAAAGGACACUAAAUUCUUUAUUUGUUCUUUUCACCAUGUCUACAUUUAAACGGACACACCAGUAACUAAAAUCAGUUUCACAGGUUAUAGGGCUUACUACAGCGGUAAUAGGGUAAAAUUCUA